AUGGGUCCAUCCUUUCGAAUUGUGAUAAUCUACGGAAGUCAGACCGGUACUGCUCGUGGCAUUGCAGAUAGGCUUGCUUUGCAAUGCUGUAAGUUGCUUCGGCUGCGUAACUAUCCAGCUGACUGUCCCACGUCGCUCAUUCACCUAUGUUGCGCAAACGACUAUACGCCUCUGCAGCAACUGGCACACGAACCUGGUCCGGUAAUUUUUGUCUGCUCCACCACCGGUUGUGGUGAUCCUCCUGACAACAUGGCUACAUUUUGGCGCAAACUCAUGAAUGUUCGUCUUCCUGAGGGCAGGACCUUCCCCACUUCCCUUCGGUUUGUUGUUCUCGGUGUUGGAGAUUCCUCCUAUAAGCAUUACAAUUAUGUAGCGAAAAAGCUUUAUCGACGCAUGGUCCAUUUGGGAGCUUCUCCUCUUCCUGUUUCUAUGGCGUUGGCUGAUGCUGAACAGGAUAUUGGAUUAGGCCUGGCCGAUGAGUCUGCAGCUGAAGGUCUUGUGGCCUGCCUCCAGCGUUUUAUGCCUUCUUUGUGGAACACUAUACUUAAUCACUAUUCUGACUCUGUGCAACCCAUUGGUUCUCUUGCUUUUCCAAUCACAUGGGAUGCCCUAGAAUCAUCGGAAUUCAUUGCCACUUUGCAGCCAAGAUUUUUGGCACGUCGAGUCCGGAAGAUUGAGUGUGGCGAGCUUAAUCUUAUCAAUGGCAAUCAUUAUCGUAAUGAGGAGGUGCUUACAGACAUAAUAGAGACAACGGUAGCCAGAGAUGAUGCUCUUUUUAAGACACCUGCAAUGCCGUCAGCUGCAGCUUGGUUUGUGAUCAAAGCCAAUGAACGCAUAACUCCGAAUAAUUAUUAUCAGGAUACACGACUUAUUAAACUGGAGGCUGAGAAUAAGGAUUUGCCGAUUGACUUCCUUCCGGGCUGUGUCCUACGAGUGCAACCUAGAAACCUUCCAGAAGAUGUGUUAGGCUUUUUCAAAGUCACUGGUCUCGAUCCUAAUGUACGCAUCUCUAUCCGAACGUUGACGAAGGAGCUACAUCCAGGCCAACAUAUUGUCUCUUUCACACUGCCUGGUCGCCUCCAGCAAGUCUGCGCGUCCGAUGGCAUCUCUCUCGCCUGGCUUGCCGCGCACUACUUCGACCUCAACUCUAUUCCUACGCGAACCUUCUUCUCGGAAUUUGCUGCUGCCCAUAAAUGGCGGCCAACGGGAACUAAAAACGAUGAACGCGUUGCAAUGGAGUAUGACCGGUUGAAGGAACUCGGCCAGGCCUGCACUCCUGACGCCGUAGACGACUUCUACGAUUACGUGAAUCGGCCCCGCAGAAAUCUCAUUGAGGUCCUUGGGGAUUUCCCUUGUACCACAUCCUUUAUCCCCGCCGAACAAUGGAUAAAUAUUCUUCCCGGGCCUCCACUCUCGCGACCUUAUUCCAUUGCUUCCGCCUCACCCACUGUCGAACUGCUCGUUGCCGUAGUGACUUACCGAACGCGAAUGCUAACCCCAAGACGGGGCUUAGCAUCGACCUAUUUGGCACGUAGUAAGGUUGGCACACGCGUGUCAGCUUGGAUCUCCCGUCCCUCCUAUGGUUUUGAUUUCUCUUACCAUCUUUCAUCUGUUCCGCGGCCUCCUCCGUGCAUCCUUGUGGGACCCGGCACCGGUGUGGCUCCCUUCCGUGCCUUCAUACAAUACCAGCAUAAAUCCUCGUCGGAAGCCUUUAAUGUCCUCUUUUUUGGAUGUCGCUUCUCCCACCGUGAUUUCUACUUCGAAGAGGAGUGGCGGGCCUUGGAGGCGAUGGGCUGUCUGAAGCUGGUGACGGCCUUUUCACGCGAGGGAGGGCGCCUUACAACAGCUAAAAAUCGCACUUAUGUGCAGCACCGAAUUCGCGAAAACUCCGAUUUGGUGUGGUCGGUGUUGGGCGAGGCUCAGGGCAGCGUGUUCAUUGCAGGCAAUGCGAAAAACAUGCCAACUGCGGUUCGUGAGGCCAUCAUCGAGGCAGCACAAAGGAGCGGUGGGCUGUCUCAAUAUGAAGCUGAGUCGUUUGUUAGCAAUCUUGAGAGCUCAGGGAGAUACCAAGCUGAAGUCUGGAUGUGA